AUGGGCUCGGAAGAACAGCCGCGGGCCAGCUUCGACUUUGCCGAGAGCUCCCUCUUGGAGGCAAUUGCCCCUGCUGCGUCGGACAUUGACAUCGAAGACGCCUUCAACUCGUGGGACGGCUCGGUCGAGGACGAGGACGCUUCGGUGGUUCCCUUUGUGAAGCAGAGACAUGUCUUGUUAUUCGGUAGGCUAGAUGAACUGCUCCCGGUGUAUGUCGUCUUCCGGACGCCGUUGCUGGAGGACGAAGCACUAAAGACAUAUCUGGAUCGCCUGGCUGUCCACCUCGACGUGUAUGCUUUCGGCACAGCGCCAGGCCCCGACCAGGAGACCAAGCCUCUACCAAAGGAGCUGCUCUUUGCGGAGACAAUUCAAGACACCAACGAACCCACCAUCGUGCUUCACGAGAGCGGAGACGCAAAGCAUGCAUAUGUUUUUUGGAAGGUCAACGUGUCCUUGGCUCGGCCACAGGGCAGGUUCCACAAGCCGGCCAUCUACUUCCAGCCCAGUGCUUCUCUCAAGCCAGGCGUGACAGCAAAGAGGGACGAGGUUCAGGAUGACUACCUCCCCAGUCGAGUGCCUCCUGCGCUCAACCUUCUCCAGUCGUUUGAGCACGACCCAGCGCUGGCCGGCAUCCACCCCCGGCUGUCAGCCAUGAGAAUCAGCAAGAUUGCGCCGUCCGCACCUCUUGCCCGCGAGACGGCGCGGCCUAUCAAGACGGGCCAGCGCCCGCUGUUCCGUGUGGUCCCGCCCCUCAUGUGGAGGACGAGGUUUGCCAAGGUGCAUACAUCGCUGGCAGACCUGUCGCUGAUGGCGUCGCUGGACAUUGAAGUCGCCCAGUACACAUCCUACAAGGUCCGAAUCACAAAGGUCGAGCUGCUGCUCAAGGGCGGCGAGAUCAAGGCGCUGACCAGCCUCGACCCCUCGACCGCCUACAGCCCCGGCGACCAACUAGGCUACCUGUACAAAGCCACCCCGGACCUCAGCGCCGACGGCGCCCCAGCCCUCGGAAGCAAAGGCCACAUCCUCACCGUGAACAUCUCCGCCGACGUCUUGAUAUCUGCAACCUGCCAGCCCCACGUCGCCAUCCAGUGGAAAACCACCGUCGACUUCGCCACCGACCACCAACCGGCCCUGCUCAAGGCCGCGCACAGACUCAGCAGCGCCUCCCUCGCCGGCAGCAUCAAGAGCCCGGACGCCCUGCCCGCCCACGACACCCACGACCCGGCCGCGCCCGAUAACGCAAUCAGCCUGACGCUCACUAUCUCCGGGCCGCCGCGCGUCCGCGUCGGCGCGCUGUUUACCUGGACCGUGUUCGUGGUCAAUCGCUCGAAUAAGCCGCGCCGGCUCGCCGUCACGGUGGUCCCGCAGCGGCCGCGCGACGCGGCGCGCCCGCAGUCCUCGGCGUCGACGGGCGAUCAUGGCGCCAGCCACAGCGUCAGUCACGGUGCAACCCACAGCGCCAGCCAUAGCGUCAAUCACAGCGCAAAACCCCCCCUCCUCGCCCCCGCCGUCCUCGACGACCACAUCAUAUACGGGCGCCACAAGAGCGCGCAGCCGCACCCCACGCGGCUGGUGUGUCUAACAACAGAUAUCCGACUCGGCGCGCUGGGGCCCGGGGCGUGCUACACGGCGGAGCUGCAGUUUGUGGCGCUGGCGGCGGGGGCGCUGGCGGUGGAGGCGGUAAGGGUGGUGGAUUUGGCGUCGGGGGAGGUUGCAGAUGUUAGGGAGUUGCCGGGGGGUGUUGCGGUGGGGGGUGGGGGUGGUGAGUAG